ACAGGGAGAGAGAGACACACCACUCACGCAACAGACACACAGGGAAACGCAGACAUGAACGCUGCUCCUCCCGCUGGAAGUGCUCUGGCCACGCCCGCCGGAGCUGCUGGACCAACCACGCCCAAGAAGGGACCGCCCAAAUUCAAACAAAGACAGACACGCACAUUCAAGAGCAAAGCACCCAAACCUGGACAGAAAGGGUUCGGUGACGAUAUUCCAGGUAUGGAAGGUCUCGGCACAGACAUCACUGUGGUCUGCCCUUGGGAGGCAUUUGGUGAUAUGGAGCUCAGCGAUCUGGCCAAAUAUGGCAUUAUCUAAACCCCGCCUCCUGGAUGUCCCUGCCUUCAACUCCGCCCUUUCUUCCCAUGACCCCACCCCUUGUACUUGAUGUUGUCGUGUGGUUAUGAUGAUGUUUAAUGGUAAAGGAUUAUACAAACACAUGGACAUUGUCAUUAUUACUAUGAUUGUUAUUUUUUUAUUAUUAUUAUAUAAUAAUAUUUCAUAUUUUGUAUCUUUUGUGAUAAGACGACAACAAAUAUUUCCACUUCCUCUCCCAAUCCACAUCCCAGCUGUCAAUCAAUUUACUGAAACCUAGUCAUAAAGACGAAGACACGCCCCCUAGCCAUCUCCACCCCUAACUGUGACCUGUUAUAGAAGGUGUUUCCUGUACUAAUGACAUCACUUCCUGUGUCUUUCACAUCUCGUAGAGUUCAUCCAGAAAAACAUUUCUAUGAUUAAAUGGAGUAGAAUGUAAUUAAAGUUUAUAUUUUCAGUA